CUUGGAACGUAGUAACUAGCGUCAAAACGUUGUAACUAUCUGUUCGGGUAAGAUUUAAACAAGAUUUAUGCCUUAUAUAGUAAAUGAGUUUUUCAGAUAAUUAAGAAAUUAAUUGAGUAAGGGCAUACUCUGAGCAUAAUGCUUGAGAGGGACCUUGGUUGGAAUGCAAGAUGUCCUCUCGGUUUUCAGAUCUACAACUGCCGAUUUCAUGAUUCGAUGCCGAAAAGUACGAGCACAAAUGUUUCAAAGAUAUGUGGACCGAAUUAUAGCACAUAUUCAACACUUACUGAUCUUAAACACGUGCAAACGAGUAAUGAUUUUUUAACAAGAUUGACUCGGUAUAAUUUGCCAUCUCUUUCAAAUAAAUGGAAAAGUCAGAUAUCGAGAGCAUCUAUGUCUUCACCCAGGAAGUCUACAAAGCCUUCAGGAAGGAUUGAACAAAUAAG